AUGGCUGGUACUUACGACAACGAAGAGCAAAGAAUGGUCGAUAGAAUUAAAUGCAUCGCUUUUCGUGAAGCUCGCGAUGAGGGUGCAACAUUUAUUAAUCGACAAUGGAUUGCACAGAAAAUUCAUCGAACUACUCGAUUUGUUACUGAGUGGUGGGAGAAAUCAUAUGAUGAAUGUUUUGCUGAUUAUUCGAAAUCUGAUCCGCCAUUUAUUAUUAAUCUAAUAUCAGCUGUUAUUAUCAUAACGAAAAAAUCUCGUCUACAAUCCAAUGUUCAACAUAAUCAAAAUCAUGAACAACUUUUAAAAGAACAAUUUCAACAACAUAAACACUUAUUUACAACGCCUAUCACAUUUGUUAUUCUUGGGUUACCACGUGUAAUCAUUGUAUUUGUAUCAAAAUAUAUCAAAUCAACAAAUGAUGCAUGA